AAAGGUUUUUGUCAUAAAAGACAUUUCAAUGGUUAAAGGAUAUGUCAUGGAAGAAAAUGAUGAUGAUCAACCACCACCCCACCCCACCCCACCCAACCAUCUUCAAUCACUCAUCCUUCAACUCCAAGAAAACAUUUUAUUCACCUAAAAACAUCUAACAAUUAUUCAUUUUUCCUUCACCAUAGUCCAAAUUUCCUCUGUUUUGAACUUUUGAUAUUCUAGGAAAAUAUGGGUAUGAUAUCAAGAUUAUUGAUGUUGUCAUUGUUUAUCAUGUUAAUCUCUUUGGCACAGCGUAAAGGAAUGGUAAUGGGCGUUGAUGAAGAUGCAAAAGCGCUUUGUAGUGUAAAUCUUGCUCAAUUUCUUCCUCCUCCUUAUGGUGGUCUCGAAAAUAUGGUCUGCCAACCUGUUUGGAAUUCUUUCCUCCUACGCUACUCACAGACGAAAGACAAUGUUGUAACGAUUGUGUUAUCAACUGUAUACACAACUGGAUGGGUAGGUAUGGGAUUCUCGCGAGAUGGAAAGAUGAUCAAUUCGAGCUGUAUGGUUGGUUGGGUGAAUCCUGAAGGACAGGGGAAAAUCAGGCAAUAUUAUGUUGAGGGCUUAACACCCUCGAAAAUUAAACCUGAGAAAGGCGAGUUGCCAUUGACAAGCGUUCCACCUCUCGUCUAUCUUCAAGGUGCUACAAUAUACUUGGCCUUCCAGCUGAAGUAUCCGAAUCGCCUCAAAAACCAACCGAUCUUGCUAGCAUUUGCUACUAAAUAUCCUCAUCACCACCAUCUUACUGUACAUGAUGAUAAAACAACUAUACUAUUCGACUUCUCUUCAGGUAAUUCAUUUGACGUUUCGGCUGGACCUAAUGAUUAUACUAGCUCAAGGAAGACUCAUGGGGUAUUGGGAAUACUGGGAUGGGGACUAUUCUGCCCCUUUGGAGCGAUUUUUGUGAGAUAUUUAAGGAACCAAAAAUCAUGGUAUUACUUCCACGUGUCUGCUCAAUUCAUAGGAUUCAUAUUAGGACUCGCGGGAGUGGUUCUUGGACUUCAACUUCACAACAACCUGCAGGUUCAUAUUCCAGCACAUGAAGGCAUUGGCAUUCUUGUUCUUGUGCUUAGCAUUCUUCAGGUGUUAGCAUUCUUUCUACGACCAGAUAGAGACAGCAAAUACCGCAAGUGUUGGAAUUUGUAUCAUGGUUGGGUGGGGAGGAUUGCCCUCUUCUUUGCAGCUAUAAACAUAGUACUGGGAAUGCAUUAUGCAGGCGCGGGGGAAGGCUGGAAAAUAGGUUAUGGAUUUCUUCUUGGUACGAUAAUGCUUGUGUGUAUCGUUCUUGAGACGUUGUUGAGGCUGAAGAAGCUGGAUGAGCCAACUCAUCUUCCAACCUAUCCCAUGAAUUCAAUUUAGAUAUAAAUGAGAACAGAAGACAUGUUUGAUGCUAGAUUUUGCCUGUCAAGUCAUUUUUGGAUCAAGUUUCUUCCACAACUAGAGUAGUCUUUGCCAAAAUUGUAUUUGAACGUAAAUAUAUGUUCAUGGAUCAAUUUAGGUUCGAGAUGUUCUUCCGAGGGGAUUUUCCAUGUUGUGUUCAAGAAUCAAAUCAAAUUCUCAGGUCUACUGAUCAAACAGCAUCCUGCUAGUGCUGUCAAAUUUUCAUUAUGAGCAAGAAAGAAUUGAACUUUCCAUUUUGUAGUUUACAUUCUUUAGUACCCUUGAAUGGUUAAAAUGUAUUGACAAUUUUGUUUAAUAAUGAAGAUUGAUUGUUUGUGGA